UCAAUCUCCAAAGAAUUCAACAUCACCAAGGGGCCGAGCUUCUCCAAAAGCUGCUGAAUUGGGCUCUCCUGUUGUAAAACUUGAAAAAUUGGAGAUGGAUAGUGGAAAGAAAGAAUCUGGUCGGAGGUCAGAUGAGUGGAAAGCCCCCAAGUUUCCUUCCUUCCCAGAAGAUAAACCACCAACCUCCAAGGAAAAUAUCUAUAAUUUUGAGACCAGUGAGCAAGAUCAAGAGGAGAAGACAGAACACUACCGAACUCUCAGAAGCAGAAAGAAAAAAUCAGCUGAUGCAGAACCAGUUAAGGCAGAAACUGAGACUGGACCACAGCAUCAAACACCACAAACCAGAUCAGCCAUUCCUCCUCCUCAGCCAACCUCUGUUCCUCCUUACUCAACACCAGCAUCACUCUCCUCCUACUGCCCCAGGCGGGACUCAUCUCACUCCAGCUGAAGCUCAAGCUCAGGCCAUCAAGAACAUCAUGCAGAGCGUUGCUGCUGAACAUGCAGCAGAGCAGUCCCUUGCUUCUCAACCUGUGUCCAAUGAUACCUCGUCCUUCAUGAGCCAUGUUGACAAGAUCAUUGAUGACGUCUCCAAGGGCGUCUUUGGUAUGACUGACGAUGGAGAUAAGCCAGAGCCUGUGAAGUAUGAGAAGCCACCAGAGACGUCAUUGCCGGUGUCCAUGCCUGUGCCAACUCCCACAGUUGUAGCGUCUUCAGAAGAAAAGAGUGUCAACUCCAAAAUCUAUGACAUCCUUACCCAGAAUCUGAAACAAGAGCAUGCUAUUAAAUCUGAACAUUCCCAACUCAGUCGAGCUUCUGAACCUGGAAGUUUACUCUCAACAUUUGUCAGCAUGCCAAGUCCUGCUCUUGUUACAAUAGCUUCGCAGAUCCGCAACGACCCUGGGAUGUCUCCAACUUCCACCAAGCACCACCCAGUGCCUGAAAAUCCCAUGCUACAAGCCCAGAGCAAUAUGCCUAUGGCAAAGCUGCCGAACACAACCAUGCCGUCGCUUGCACCGAUUAAACAUGAAGACAAUCUCGGUAACCUUGCUCAGUUCAGUGACAAUGUGCAGAGACAUGGCCAUCAUGUGGGUAAAUCAACAUCAAUGCCUGUAACACAGCCUAUGGCUAGUGUACAAACCAGCAGUAUCAUGCAGAACCCUGUUGCAUUGAUAAGCAAAGCUUUGGCUUCUCCUGUGUCAGCUCCAGCUCAACCCAAACCAAAAAGCAUCCCUCCACAAAUGACAACACCCCCACCUCCACAGAUGUCAAGCUCGGGGAUCCAGCCACAGAGACCACAGAGUGUGCAGCUCCCUGUGACCCAUGUGCCGGCCAGCAGUGCAGAUACUAUAAACAUUCAAAGGCCGCCAAGUGCACACAGUCAUGUCCAGUUCCAGGUUAUGCCAGGACCGCCAAGAGACCAGCCUCCCAAGUCUCAACUUGUUGAACCUAAACUUGAACCAGGUAAACCUGGUCCUGAAGCCAAAGGAAGAGCAGCACAUCCACCUCACAUGAGUACACCUCCAUUCAUGAUCCCUGGGAUGCAGGCAGGUCAGAGGAUGCCAGGGCCUCAUGGCUACCCGUUCAUGCCUCAUGUAGACCCAAGACUGAUGUCUCCAGUGAGUCCCAGAGAAUCCCAGAAUCACAGCAAAGAGGGUCCAAGAAAGCCAAUGACUAAUCCUCAUGCUAUGAACUCCAGAGAUAUGUCCCGUCCUCCAAGUCAAGGACAGAUGCAACCUCACUUUGUUGGGGACAUGGCCAGGCAGCCGACAUCUGAAAACUUGAGACAAGCCCACCUUCAGCGGGAUCAGAACCGUCAAGCAGGACCUGUUGAACAGAUGAGACAGAUUGCCGAACUGAAACGACAGUCUGUAUCAGAUGUGGCAGCUGACCAGUUGAGACAGAGGGCCCAAGCUGAUCACAUCCGUCAGCAGCUGGCAGCUGGGGAGCAAAUUAUGUCAGCUGAGCAGCAGAAACGUCAUCUCGAGGAACAGCUGAGGCGGGAAGAACAGAUGAGACGAGAGGAGCAGAUCCGACAUCGUCCAGAGACGAUGCACCACAUGCAGGAGCACCUGCAGCUGCAGGAGGCAAUCCAUCAGGGCCGUAGUGGAGAGAGACAGAGGGAAGGUGAAGUCUUACCCCACAUGAUCAGAUCUUCAGAUGACCCUCAGAACCUUGUGAGAAGGGAACAGAUACAUCGAGCAGAGCAAAGGUUUGCAGACAUGCGUCAUGGAGGGAUGGACAGGACAUCAGACAUUCAGAGGAUUGUGAAUCAAAAGAUUGAAUCUGAGGUUCGUCAGGGACGUCAUCCCCAGUCAGGACCACAACCCAGGAUGCAUGCUCCAUCUCCUGACGUUGCCAUCUGUGUCAAAACUCCACCUGCAACAUCAGCAGCCAAUGCCUUCAUCGCUGGAGUUGUCGUCGGCCACCCGAGUUCCCUCUCUCCCAAGACCGCCAGCCCUGUAGGCCAGGUGAGCAAGGUGAUUGAGCGUCUGCCCAACCCACACGUGCCUGUGUCAGGUCAGCCAGGACGCAUGAUCUAUCAGGAGGCUCAGAUGCAGCAGCAACAGCAACAGCAACAGCAGCAGCAGCAGCAGCAGCUCAGGCAGAACAAAGAUGCAGAUAGUCCUCGUAAUGCACCAACUCCAUCUUCACAACCCGAAAUGAGGCCUCCGUCAAGAGAGAUGAUCUACUUCAUGCAGCAACAGCAACAGCAUCAGCAACAACAGCAGCACCGCAUAAUGCUUCAGGAAGCUGCUGCACGUGAUAGGAAGAUGCCUGAACAUCCUCAUCCUUCCCAGUCUCCCACAGUCCUGAAUCUUGCCGACCCUGAACUCCGACAGGAGGGUCGCAGCAGCAAGGGACCACAGCCAUCCUACCCCUUGCCGUAUGAUCAUAAGAUCAUGAUGUCUCAAGCUGACGGACGGAUCCCAUCCUCGACGCCCAGUGCGUUUGUUCCACCAGGAGGGAUGGUAGGACAGAGACCAGAAAUGCCUCCAGGUGUCCCUCCCCAUCUCUACAGACCAGACCUCUUCCCACAGGGAAUCCGACUGCCCAUCGACCCAAGGAUGUAUCCAGGCAUCGACCAGCCAGGCUUCAUCCCUGGUCGUGAUGUGUCCCUUGUUGUACCACCAGGACAUUUCCCACCUCAGAUUUUAGACAAGAUGAGGAUGGAACAGCAACAGCAACAGCAGCAGCAGCAGCAGCAGCAGUGGAGGCUCAUCGGUCUGUGUCUCGGCAGGAGCAAGGUGGGCCCCAGGUGAUGAUGCCUGGGAACCCGACCCAGCCACAGAGUGCCCGUCUGCCCGGUCCAGGAGUGCCAGAGAUGAUCCAGCAAUCUCUGAUGCAGACACGCAGUCCCUUGUACGAUAUGCCCAGAGACAAACAUAUG